UAAUUUUCUCAAACCCUAAAGCGAAAAGGGUCUGUUCGUUUCUCGAGAAAAUUCAUUUCUCUCUCUACUACCUAUUGCUUAUCAUCCCUGUUUUUGUUUUUUUGUUACGAACUCGUAGAUUUGGGAAGUUGGCAUGGAUGAAGCAUGGGCAUGAAGUCCGUGGUUUUGAGUUUGGUCUUGUUCAGUUGUGAAAUCUGCGGCGGUUUAUUUCUCUCCAGAUAACAAAAGAAAAUCUAAUAGCUUUCCAGCAUGGAAACUAUGCAAAUCGUAUCUGAGAGUUGUGGUGUAUCAGGACCGGAUAAACCCCAAGCACCAAAAGAAAAAGCCCUAAAAGAAAUUUCUCUGAUUUCCGGUUCGGGACGCCAAGAAAAUGGAGUUAGGGUUUCUGUUACCACACCGGAAGUUGAGACUGAGGUUUCGAUCAAGAGAAUAUUCGGGGAAGGAAAUGAGGAUAUCUCAUUUGGUGAUAAAGAAGACGUCGUGUCAUGCUCGGUUACCAAAGAAAGUGAGAAAGAGGGAGUGGAUUCUGUUUUGGGAGUCGACCACAAUGAGGAAAAUGUUGAUGCGAGAAUGGCGCCAAAAGAUGGUUCCCUUGGAUUGAGUGGGGAUGCUUCAGGUGGGAAGGUGGAUUGCCAUGAUAAUGGCAUUUCACUUGUUGUGGAAGUUCACGGAUCUUCUUCAAGCAAAGAGGGGCGCUCAUCAAAAAUCGACUCCAAAAAGGGGCAAAAUCUGGGUAAGAAAAGUGGAUAUGGAGAUAAGGAUGGGUCAAUGCAUGAAAAUGAGGGAAACCCAGGUGAGAAAAUCAAAGAGAUGGAUGGUUCCAACCCUGAACUGAUGGGGGACAAGAAUGGAGAAGUUGAUGAAGAUAUGGGUGAUGGAGAAUAUCAGUACUCUGUGGGUGACUUUGUGUGGGGUAAAAUAAAGAGUCACCCAUGGUGGCCUGGGCAGAUAUAUGAUCCGAAAGAUGCUUCAAAACAUGCCACAAAAUAUAGCCAAAGGGAUCGUCUUCUUGUGGCAUACUUUGGAGAUGGCACAUUUGCUUGGUGCUACCCAUCACAGUUGAAACCUUUUGAGGAGAAUUUCAUAGAGAUGUCCAAGCAAAGUAACUCAAGGAGCUUUCUCAAAGCUGUGGAAGAGGCACUGGCUGAGAUUGGUAGACAUGUAGAGUUAGAGAUGACUUGCUCUUGUACCCCAAAAGAAAUUAGGAUUGGGCUUUCUAGACCAUUGACAGUGAAUGCAGGUGUCAAGGAAGGGGCUGUCAUGCCCGAGGGUGGCAUCAGAAAAUUUUCUGUUGCUCAUUUUGAACCAGCAGAAUUUCUUUCAGGUUUGAAAUGUAUUGGCCAGGUUGUUUCUGUUACCAGUAUGCUUGAGUUUUCAGUUCUUAAGAGCCAGAUGUCAGCCUUUUGUCGUUCAAAAGGCCCACAUCAUCAACUGGCUGUGUACCAUGAGCCCCAGGAAAUUGCAGGCCUUGAAGAAAAAGUUGGAAAUGGUGUAACCAAAACCUCUGAUUUAGGUGGUCCAGUAGAAGUCCCAAUCCAAGGCCCAUGUGAGGAUGACUGGCUUUCAAUGCCUGUUUCACCUAGUUUUGGGAAAACCAGCCGAACUUUAUUGCACAAAGCCACAGGUUCAGAGGAUAAGUUGUAUCAAAGAAGGAAGCAGAAAAGCAUGGCUGAAAUUAUGAGAGGGAAUGGUGAUGUUGAGCCCAAGAAUGAAGAGACAGAUAUGGGCAAAGAAGAUAUAAACUCUGUCAAAUUGGCUACAGCAUCUGAGAAGAAAAGGAGAAAAAAAGGUGGUAAUGAAGCUGAAAGUCAUGCUGUCAAUAGUAAUUUGGCUUCUCCACGAGCGAGGAGAAAGAAGUCCAGGCUUUCAGGAUCUCCUGUAACUUCGGAGGAUAGGGCUGUAAGUGUUGAAAGUGAUGGCAGUGAAGGCAAAAGAGAGAGUGAGAACAGUCCUGUGUCAAGGGAAAGGAAGAAGAAAGGCCUCAGUGUUGAAAAUGAUGGUGGCAGGCUUCCUGAAGAAAGUGAGCAGACCUCUGUUUCACGGGAAAGGAAGAAGAGCAAAUAUUUGUGCCCACCAUAUACAAAUGUGAUACGGAUGCAUAGAAAUUCUGGCUCAAUGGGUGACUCAAAGACAGAAUUCCUAGAAGUUUCGAAUGUUGCUGGUAAGGGAGAGCGGAGCUCCAGGGCUGCAGGUCAAUCUGUUGGGUCCCCUACAAUUUUGAAGUGUAGUAGUGAGACGACCUAUCAGAACAAAGACAGUAAAGAACUUCAGACACCAAAACAAAAUCGGAACAAGGUUAUUGACCUGAAGGAAAUCCGCAUAUCAUUGCAAGAAGUUCUAUCUGGAAUCCGAUCUGCAGCCCUUAAUCCCUUCUAUCUGAGGGAAAACAAAUCUGUUGAUAAGAUCAGUGGAUUUCUGUCUGCAUUCAGAAGUGCAAUCUAUCAUGAUGGUUCCAACUACAAAAUGUUCAACAAACAUGGACCUGGUAGAAAGAGAAAACGUCAAGAAUCUGAAACUGGGUCAUCAAGAGAAGACCUAAAACAGAAUGACCACAACUCAUCUAAGCAAGCCCGCAGGAGUAGAAAGAAUGAAACAGCAGAGCCAGAUGGCCCAGAACUCAAGCAAGCUGCUGCUGGAAAGUCAGAUACGAAGACAAAACACAAAGACAAGGACAAAAAGGUUGAAUCCGCUACACUUCUCUUGUCAUUUGGACCUGGGAUCUCCUUACCCUCAAAAGAUGACCUCAUUAAAAUAUUUUCGAGGUUUGGGACUCUGAAUGAGUCAGAAACAGAGAUACUGUAUGAUUCUUUCUGUGCUCGGGUCGUGUUUUCAAGAAGCUCAGAUGCGGAAGAAGCCUUCAAUGGUUCACAAAAGGCCAGUCCCUUUGGAGCCGAGCAAGUCACAUAUAGGCUCCGGUAUCCAUCAUCCAGCACCUCCAGGAGGACUCCUGAUAAAAAACAUCACCCCCCAAACAAAAAGGCAGGCAAGGCACCUGCCAACCCAUCUGCAGGAGGAGAGAAAUCACAACUCAAUUUCAUCAAGCAGAAACUAGAGAUGAUGACUUGUAUGCUAGAGAAGUCCAGUGGUAAAAUGUCGGGGGAGAUGAAAUCCAACUUGGAGGGUGAAAUGAAAGGGCUGUUGGAGAAGGUAAGUACGAUGGCUGAAACAUCCUCAUCGUAGAUCAGAUGGUAUGAUAUAUGGAGAGCUUCUUCAUACUUGCAUACUCCUGCUGUUGAUCUUCUAUGCGUAGGCAUAGCUAUAUAAUAUAGGAAUGCAUGUUCCCUUUUAAUUUAGAAAGAGAGAAAGAGAGAGUGUGUAUGAUGUGUAGAAAGAGUUAAAUUAUGGCGUUGAGGUGUUUGUGGUGGGUAGCGUUUAGGCUUUUUAUGCAAAUGUAGGAGUUUAUUCAACACAGGUGGGAUUAUCAUGUUUUGUUUACUGUAAACAUCUCCACAUGCUUUUACGUUAUAGAGACCAUCUACAUUCAGACACA